AUGUCUCGACUGUGUUUCACGCUCCUCUUGUGUGUGGUUUUGCUUGGACUCCUCUGUCUCACAGAUGCAGAGGAAAGCAAGGCUGAAUCAAGAGAAAAAAGAGAAGUGCCUAACUGGGCGCUGACAUCUUCAGACUUUUUUGGGUGGAUUGAAGAACUUCGCUCUCAUGGUGGUUAUGACAAGAUUGAGGAGCUGGCUAGGACCUUCUGGGCUCAUUUUCCUUCUGCUAGCCGCCUGGGUUAUGAUCCUCCUGCUCCAGAAGAAUAA